GACGUAUUUCCGGACAUCGUCCUGUCACAUAAGUUUCCCCUCACGAUUACAGGGAAGUCAAUUGCUUGCCUGUGAACACGAUGUUUCGUCGUAUUGUUUAAUUAGCUGUUGUUUCUGGCAUCGCUAGUAGCUUAUCUUCAAUGGAUUCCAAGGGCCCUGAAAGUACAUUGUCUCGUCCCCUGAGACGAUCGACAAGGCAGUCAUCAAGUAAAGUACUGAAUUUCGAGCCGACCCCUAGGGGUCCUCUAAAGAGGACAAAAAGGGCUUUAGAAAACCAAACACCCGUGGCAGCUGUCAAUGGUUCCAGAGAUGUGGAGGAUGGCUCAGAAGAAGAAGAAGAAGUAGAGUCCCCUAGCAAGAAAAGUCGGCUGGAGGCUGGCGGAGAACACGGCGGCGAUGGUGAUGGGAAUGAGAUGGAUGUCCAGGAAGAUCUGGAGACCAAUGAAGAUCAGGAAAUGGAUAUUGGGCAGGAUUCCUCACAGGAUUCCUCUCAGGAUUCCUUUCAUGACACUCAUCAACCAAAACUAAGCCGAGGCGCCCUUGGAGAUGUGAAUUUAUCUCCUCAUGUAAUGCUUGGUGAACGCUGCCAACCCAAUCAUGUUGUAAAAGAAGUCAAGAGAGUAAAACCAUCAACAAAAGAACCUGUGGUCUUCAUCAAGUCUGCCACACGGAUCAGAUUACCAGCAGCAAGAUAUGAUCUGCCGAAUCUGAAGGAAACAAAAAUAGACGAGUACAAGAGGACAAUGGAGGACAAAGCCAAGAGUACUGUCUUUGCAACAGUUAACCACCACAUUCCAAGAGUGUAUUCAACCUCAGAGGAGUUCCACUCAAUGCGACAACGUGUGAAUAACAUUCCAAAACAAGAAGAAAUUUUUCAGCAAAAAAAACAAGCGGUAAAGAAGCCUGCUAUUCCCAAGAGCAGCUCUCCACAUUCCUCUAGAGGAUGUAUGUGGUAUUUUUGGCGUUUGGUUCUCCUGGUCCUGCUCGGUUCUUCAGCCUUGUUAGUGCACAGGAUUAUUCCUGUACUCCAAAGGACUGCAGGUGGUGCAGGGCGUCAAUCCAGAGCUGUAAAUCCAGAAAACUUCACAGAUCACUUGGCUCUUCUUAAGACUCAGUUUCCCAGUCAGCGGCCUGAGUUGUGGAAGAUGACCGAGAUCCAUCUGGAGAAGCACCUGAAAACAGCCCAGCCCACAGAGCCAGUCAGUCUGAUCUUUACUGCUGGCCUCAGAGCCAAGAAGACAAUGCACUGCCUGGCUCAGGGGUUGGCCUCCUCCUUUUCAUCUGCCCUCAAUGCCUCUGUCCUACACAUUGAUGGAGCCAGUAAGGCCAGCCAGGACAGUGAUGAAGUGAAGCUGGAUAUUGACACCCAGCUGCAAUCAGCUUUUGAGGGGGACAAACCUGUGGCUGUCAUCCAUCAAUUCGAAGAGCUGCCUCCAGGUUCCACCCUCAUUUUCUAUCGCUACUGCGACCACCAGAAUGCCGCCUACAAGCGUGUGUUCUUGUUGUUUACUGUGUUGAUGCCCAUAGAUGAGGUCAAGGGUGAGCAGAGUCUGAAAGAAGUGGAGGAGAUGGUGCUGGACUAUGUCAAGGAAAAGCUGGUGGACUCAGGCGACCAAACUGCUUUCAAUGAGAUGGACACUGACAAGUUCGGUGGACUGUGGAGCCGCAUCUCUCAUCUUAUCUUACCUGUGGUGUCUGAGAAGGAAGUAGAGCAGAACGGAUGCUGAUGAACCAAGCCCAGCCAGGAUAUACCACUUUGAUUCGGGUCCUUGUUGACACCUUGCAGGAGUGAUGAAACAGAGAAGCAACAUGUAAGUAUAAAGUGUUUUUUGUUAUAUUUCACAUAUGGACUUGAGUUAAAAUGUUUGAAGGUUGUAUUAAUCUCUCUUUGUCAGAGAUGAGACUGUAUUCAAGCUGAAGUCCAGUGUUGAUGAUACAGUUGAACUGCUCAAGAAAUGAGUUUUUACAUAUGCUUGCAUGUACAGGCUGGUGUUACACCCUUAAUCCAUAUUUGUAUGAACUGCAGACUUAACAGACAAUAUAAAAAGAUGUACUUUGAUGAAAUUGUUUUCUCCUUCUUCUGUAACAUAAAUCUGAAUAAACACCGCUUGUUUUUAGCAGACAAUUCUCACCCAAGAUGACUAAAUGGUCAGCAUUGAUUACACUGGCUACUUAUCUGGAACUAACAGAAAAUGUUUCAUUUUUCACAGAAAAUGUUUCAUGUUCUGUGAAGAUCUUUGCUUGGAAAUUCCUAUUUUUUGUUCUGUAUUAAACCUUUCAGGCGAUUGCUGUCUUACUUCAUAUUUCUGUUUAAUGUUGUCAUGGAGAUGUCUGCCCCUUCAUUCAGUCAUGUGUAUGUGUUUGGUUUGUUUUUGCACUGAAAAUGUUUUUUUCUUACACAAUCCACCUUAUCACGAAAACAGGCUUUUAUUAAGAUGAGUAUUUUAUAUUCCUUUUCUUCAGAAUGUGUAUAUUUGUGAUACAAAGAUUGGAAUAUUUUUUGAUAGCUGUUGAUAUAUGUAUAUAGGAUAUACAAAGGUUUGUUCUGUGCUCCUGUCAAGAAACAACUGAAAUGUGCUUAGAAUGUUGUUAUCUUUGAAACGUAAAGGUUCUCACUGAGUGAUGUGAAUUUCUAAAAAAUUUUUGACUAACUAUUAGUCAGCAAGUCACAAAAUGUGCCUUAAACACCAAUGUGGAGCAUAUUAGACUACAUUUGAUAAAUACCAAACACACUGACCAGUCAUUUGAUACUGUAUGUUGGCAAUAUCACAAACCAAAAAAAAUCCUGAAGAUAGAUUUGUGCAAAUUUAAAUUCCAAAAUAUAGAAAAAGUGUUCUGUCAUGUGAUGCCGCUUUUGUCUUUCGUUCCCAAUAUGAAACGAAUUGUGUUUUGCUCUUGGUGAAUGUGUACAUUUUCAAUAAAUAUUAUUUUGAUAACUAGA